ACGGGGUCGAUGUCGCGGUCCCUGUCGCGGUCGCUGCCGCUGGCCCUGGCCGCGCUGGCGCUGCUGGCGCUGCCGGGGCCGGCGCAGGCGGAGCCGCUCCCCGAUCCCGGGGAGCAGCUGGUGGCGGCGGCGCCGCGCUGGGGCUGGAGGAACGUGUCGUGCCCGGCCUGCCGGGUGCUAUUCGGGGCGCUGGACCUGGCGCUGCAGCUGGAGCCGAAUGUGGCGCGCGUGGGGCGCGUGGCGUCGCGGCUGUGCCAGGAGCUGCGGCUGGCGCGGCCACCCGUGUGCCAGCAGGCCGUGCAGCUGUUCCAGCGCGACGUGGUGGCGGCCUGGGCGCGCUCGGUGCUGCGCCCGCCCGAGGCCUGUGGGCUUCUGCUGGGCCCCCGCUGCGGCCACUGGGACAUCCUGGGUGCCUGGAACCUGUCCCUGCCUGCCGCCCCGAAGCCGCCGGUGCGGCCCCCGAAGCCGCCGCCGCCCGGCGCGCCCACCGCCCGCAUCCUGUUCCUCACCGACCUGCACUGGGACCGCCGGUACGCGCCGGGCAGCGCUGCCGCCUGCCCCGACCCGCUGUGCUGCCGUGGGGCCCCCCACGACGGGCCGGGGGCCGCGGGGUUCUGGGGCACCUACGGCAAGUGCGACCUGCCCCUGCACACCAUCGACGCGCUGCUGGCGCAGCUCCCCAACGCCAGCAGCCACGACGGCGACGGCACCGGCGGCGCCGGUAACGGCACCUCGGGGUUCGCGGCCGCGUACUGGACCGGGGACAUCCCCGCGCACGACGUGUGGCAGCAGAGCCGCGGGGACCAGCUGCGGGCGCUGCGUACGGUGACGGCCCUGCUGCGCGCCCGCCUCGGGGGGCUGCGCGUCUUCCCAGCCGUGGGCAACCACGAGGCCACCCCGGUGAACGCCUUCCCCCCGCCCUACGUGCGCGGGAACCAGUCAGCCGCCUGGCUCUACGACGCCAUGGCCGAGGCCUGGCAGGGCUGGCUGCCUCCCGCUGCCCUGCACACCCUGCGGUGGGCACGGCGGGCAGGGGGUUGGGGUACCGGGGAUCGGGGG